GCGGCGGAUCGAGGGGAAGAUGGGGCAACGGCGUGAUGGGAUGUGGCUGGGUGCUCGGUGGGCGAGAGACUGGUGCUGCGGAAUGGGUGCCGAGGGCAGCUCUGCCUCCUGCGGGGCUCGUCCCUGGCCCGGCUCGCGUUCCCUAACCCCAAGCCCUGGCAGCCCUCCGCUUGCCUCUUGGGCGGCUAGAUCGAAGUCCAGCUGGAGGCCACGCUGGCCGGGGGCAGUCGGCGCCCACCCUCCUGGGCCCUUCUCUAUCCUGCCCGGAGCGCGAGCUGGGCAUGAGCUAACAUAACAGACUUCGGGUCCUUCUCCCGGGCGUUUAUUCUGCAAGCAAUCAUUCGGCCAUUCGUGCCAGCACUGCUAGCGGCCUCUAGGUUCAAGCUCUGUGUUAGGUGUAAACACACGCUGCUCUUUUUUUACUGAGCCGUUUUAUUUAGUAGUGCUGUCUUCGCCAUCCCUUAUCUUUACUGCAUAGAACCUUAAGGCUAAGUCAGCACCUGGAACCUUUAAAACAAGUAUUUUAAUGGCAUUCCACUUUAAAUUCUAUUGAGUGACACUAAUCCGUGUCGUCUCUGGUUAUAUAAACUUUUUGUAAGUUAGUAAAAACUCAUUUUGUUCCAUUGCUUUUCUUUUUCUUUUUUUUAAUUAAACUGUGAGUUUAGAGUAGUGGUUCCUAAUCUUUCCCCCAUUUACCAGCUUUUCCUUAUGAAUGGCAGGAGUCCUUUUUCUCUAAACAGUGCCUGAAUUUCUCCUUCCCAGCUGUUAUUCCGCAAUUGUUAUUCCUUAACUUGCUGGGUUGUUGUUUUUUCCCCCCACAACCAGUGUCUUUUUGCUUAUUCCUGGGCAAGAAAUUUCCUUCAGCCACACGGCUUAUAUCCCAGGCUCUGGGCAGCCUACUCUAAAAUACACCUUUGAAAGAAGAAAGCCCGUCAGGUGUUGAGGUGGGCUGAAAAGCCUUCUUCAAGAAGUGUGCUUAUUGGUGAAAAUAAAACACAGGUGCUGCUGCUGCUGUGGGUCCUGGGACCAGAGUUUGAGAACUGACAACACCAACCUGUGGAUGCAUUUCAGGAAAGAAAAAAGGCCCUGUUUGCUGUGUGGAGAAUGGAUUGGAAAAGAGAAAGUGGGAGAUGGUGUAGGAAACAGUUGCAGAAGCCCAGAGUACUUUCUAACCAGUGCCUGGGGCCAUCCCGAAUACUGACUGACCCAGGUGUCUGGAUGGAGACUUGAACCGGCAGAAGGAAGACGCACCUAGGAGGAAGUGGCAGAGGAUACCAACAUGGAGAAGAAGCCCCAGGAUGGCAGGAAAGGCGCCCCCCACAGAGAACUGCCCCCCAUCGUGGGGCUAUUGCUGGCCAUGGCCCUCAUGAACCUGCUGCUCUACCUCUGCCUCGACUGGCUCUUCAUUUCCCCUCGGCGCGCCGCCCCGGGCCCCGGUCACUGUCCCUACGGCUCCUUCAGAAUGGGACAGAUGAAAACCUGCUCCCCGUGGCUGUCCUGCCAGGAGCUGAGGACAGAAGUGAGGCAGCUGAAGCGCGUUGGGGAGGGAGCUGUGAAGAGGGUCUUUCUGUCGGAGUGGAAGGAACGCAAAGUCGCCCUCUCACGGCUCACUGGUCUGGAGAUGAAGGAUGAUUUCCUCCACGGACUGCAGAUGCUGAAGUCUCUGCAGAGUGAACAUGUUGUCACGCUGCUCGGCUUCUGCGAGGAUGACAACACCAUUCUUACUGAGUAUCACCCCUUAGGGUCCUUGAGCAGCCUGGAAGAAACAUUAAACCUUUCCAGGUACCAACAUGUAAACACCUGGCAGCAGAGGCUGCAGCUGGCCAUGGAUUAUGUUAGCAUCAUCAACUACCUGCACCACAGCCCCCUGGGCACACUGGUCAUGUGUGACUCCAACGACCUGCCCAAGACGCUGUCCCAGUACCUGCUGACCAGUAACUUCAGCAUCGUGGUGAACGACCUGGACGCCUUGCCCCUGGUGAACCGCAGCGCCGGGACGUUUGUGAAGUGCGGCCACAGGGAGCUUCAUGGGGAUUUCGUGGCUCCAGAGCAGCUGUGGCCCUAUGGAGAGGACACGCCUUUUCAGGACCAUCUCAUGCCCUCAUAUGACGAGAAGACUGACAUCUGGAAGAUUCCAGAUGUCUCCAGUUUCCUUUUGGGGCAGGUCGAGGGGAGUGAUAUGGUCCGAUUCCAUCUGUUCGAUAUUCACAAGGCCUGUAAGAGCCAGGCUCCUGCAGAGAGACCCACGGCUCAGGACGUCCUGGAUACUUACCGGAAGGUGAUGAAUUCACUCAGAGAUACGGUGAUGUCUCAGACAAGAGAAAUGCUCUAAAAACUAGUGCAGUCAGGGAAGGGAUUUAAGGGACACGUGGAAGAGUGACACAGUUCUGCUCUGACGGUGAGCUCGCUGCUCCGUGGCUCUUCCUCUGCACACCCCCCCACCCGCCCAGCCACCUGGGCGGCAGUUGCUAAGCAAGAGCAAAGCAGGCUUAAGUCUGGUUUUACUUCUAAAAAUAAUCCCUCCCAGGUGAAGAUGCAGAGAAGCAGUGAAUUUUAACUCUAUCUGAAGGAAGUAACAAAAACGUAGCUACAAAGAGGCUUCCCCUAUCCUAAGUAAUUGAGUUUGUAAGCUUGUAAGAAAGGUAGAUAGAGAAGAUUUUUAAAUGGCAAUAUAUGAAAGAAACAUAGCUCUGGCCAGGUAGCUCACUUGGUUAGAACACUGAUCCUGAUAUGCCAAGGUUGUGGGUUCAAUCCCAGUCAGGGCACAUAUAAGACUC